CUUUCUCUAGUCAUACGAACUGUGGAUGGGUAGCCUAGUUUUACAGUAGCCUUCUGUUUCAGUUAGUGUUAAUUUGAUCACUUCGGUGCUUUGCCGACUCGUCAGGAAUAUUCGGCCAUGCUUUCCGGUUGUGGUGACAAGUUUGACAGGAUGAAGAGAGACACAACUAUCGCUGCGGUCGUGGUCUUCUGGCUACUUCUAAACCCAGUGAGGGGUAGGGGGACUGGGGGAUUUCAAGGCGCCAUUCCUCAUCCCAAUAAAUACAACCCCAACCAGUCGGAGCAAUCACCGCAGACACCGCAAAUCAUAUUCAGGGGGAUGGGGCCGCCUACUCCCGCCGAGGAGGUGCUGGAUUCCAGCCAAGAGGCUCUUCACGUCACAGAGCGACGCUAUCUGAAGCUGGAUUGGUGCAAGACGCAGCCUCUCAAGCAGACCAUCCACGAGGAAGGAUGCCUGAGUCGGACCAUCAUAAACCGUUUUUGCUACGGGCAAUGUAACUCCUUUUACAUCCCUCGGCACGUUUAUCAGGAGGACAACGCCUUCCAGUCGUGCUCAACUUGCAAACCCAAGAGCUUCACCACUGUCACGUACACUUUAUUCUGUCCAGGAAAACAACCCAACACCAAGAAAAAGCGCGUCCAGCGCGUAAAACAGUGCCGUUGUACGUCCAUUGACUUGGAUUAA